AGGAAGGUAAACAUAGUGGAGCCGUGGGAGCCCCUGACCCGGCCCGGUCUCUCGGUCAGCUGGGCACAUCUGGCAACUGUUUACACAAGAGUGUGACAGCAGCUGCAGCAGGUGUGUGUGUACGUGUGUUGAGGGCGGCGCAUAUGUUGCUCAGGUAACACCUGCCUGAGGGGUGGCAAGUGCUGUCAAGGAGGUAGUGAAGGCGCCACGUUCACCUGUACACGGGGGCGUUAAGCCAUCCCCGUCUCAUGGUCACUCUCCCCCAAGGCGCAGAGUGAAUGUUACAAGAAUGAGGCUUCGACGCAAUCUGCUGUGGUGGAUAAAGAUCAGCUUGAUAUUGUUGGUAUUCUUAGCGGGGACAUACUUCACUGUGCGUCAGGCUCUUCACGAUGCUAAAGAUUUGGAUGUUCUGGCUCGAGAAGUGGGGCCUCUGGCUCAAGCUUCUGAACAUAAAAAGAUUAUACCAGCUGAACAGCCGAAAGUACUUAAUGAACUUACAGUACCAAAAGGAUACAAGGACUGGCAUGAUCAUGCUCGGCUGUUAGCAGAGAGUGCUCAGGUGGGUCCUGGAGAGCAGGGCCAGGCUUAUAAUCUACCACACAAAUAUCAGCAAGAGAGGGACCAGCUGUAUAAAGUUAAUGGAUUCAAUGCUCGGGCGUCGGAUGAUAUUGCUCUGAACCGCUCCUUACAAGACAUACGCCAUCCAAAGUGCAAAGAAAAGCUAUAUUUAGAAACUCUUCCAACAGCAUCAGUAGUGGUGCCUUUUCACAAUGAACACUGGACAACCUUAUUACGAACUGCUAUUUCUGCUAUCAACCGCUCGCCAGACUCCCUCCUUCUGGAGGUCAUUCUUGUGGAUGAUGCUAGCACAAAAGGGUUUCUUAAAGACAAGCUCGACAACUAUGUACGAGAAAAUCUGCCCAAAGUAAGGGUUGUUCAUCUGGCAAAAAGGUCUGGACUCAUUCGAGCUCGUCUGGCAGGUGCAAAAGUAGCUAAAGGAGACGUCCUGAUAUUCCUGGACUCUCACACUGAAUGUACCACCAACUGGCUGCCUCCUUUGUUAGAUCCUAUUGCAAAGGACUAUCGGACUUGUGUUUGCCCAUUUAUUGACGUAAUUGACUUCGAGACAUUUGCAUAUCGAGCCCAAGAUGAAGGAGCACGUGGUGCAUUUGAUUGGGAGUUAUUCUAUAAACGAUUACCACUCUUAGAAGAAGAUAAGAAGAACAUGCCAGAGCCAUUCAAGAGCCCAGUUAUGGCAGGUGGUCUGUUUGCCAUUAGCAGUAAGUUUUUCUGGGAUCUUGGAGGUUAUGAUCCUGGGCUAGACAUAUGGGGAGGUGAACAAUAUGAACUCUCUUUUAAGAUAUGGCAGUGUGGAGGAACCAUGGUAGAUGCACCCUGUUCACGUAUUGGUCACAUCUACCGCAAAUUUGCACCUUUUCCAAAUCCUGGAGUUGGAGAUUUUGUUGGCAGGAAUUACCGUCGAGUAGCCGAGGUUUGGAUGGAUGAAUAUGCUCAAUAUCUCUAUAAACGUCGACCAUCAUAUCUAAAAAUUGAUGUGGGGGACUUGACGGAGCAAAAAGCUAUAAGGAAAAGACUAAACUGCAAACCAUUUAAAUGGUUUAUGACACAAGUGGCUUUUGAUCUGACAAAAGUUUACCCUCCAAUUGAACCUCCAAAUUUUGCCAGUGGGAAAAUUCAGAGUUUGGCGAGUCCAAACUUGUGUAUUGACACAAGAUUCAAGCAUCAUGGCGAUAGAUUUGGUCUGCAGGAAUGUGGUCGAGGAGGAGAACAAGCAUUUCAUUUAACAUGGCACAAGGACUUAAGGCCAGGCAAGCGUUCUGUAUGUUGGGAUGUGUCCAGUGGUGAUGCUCAGGCACCUAUAUUGCUGUACAAUUGUCAUGGUAUGGGUGGCAAUCAACUUUGGAAAUAUGAUCCUGAGAACCAUUGGCUUGUUCAUGGUGGUAACCCACGUUGUUUGGACAGCAAUCCUGGUAACAAGGAGAUAUUUGUGUCAGCAUGUAAUCCACAACAAGACACACAAAAAUGGAAGUUUGAGCACUUUGAUGCACAACGCUUAGCCAAGUGGGAUCAGGCAGGACCAGGUCUGUGAAGGUAAAAAAGUAGUAGAAUUUUUUGCUUUUUUCUAAUAUGAUUAUAUAAUUACAUGUUUUAUUUUUUAGUUUUAAUAUUUUACUUGAGAAAAUAUUGAACAUUUGUUAUUUUUAAAGUGGGACCAUCUUACACUAGUAUAGCUUACAAGGUAUAAUGUUCCUUACAAAUAUUCAUAAGGUUAAGCGAAUAAUUAAUUUAUUUGCAUGUAGAUAAUACUGCAUGCAUAUGAUAAUUGCUUUUAAUAAUGGGAUGGACAAGAACUUGACAUGUAACAAUUCCUAAAAGCGUCUUUUGUAUUUACUGCAUAUGGGUCUCAUUUUACAAAAACAAGUCAUACUAUUAUUAAGCAUUUAUUGUUGAACUUGACACAUAAGCAGUUGAAUUAUUGUUCAAAUUAUAUUUAAUAAUGUGACAAUAUUGUCAGAAUUUGGGAAUACUAAUUAUUCAUUGUAGAUAAUGAGUAAUUGUUGGUAUAGCCUUGCACAUUUGUGUGUGUAUUGUAGUACUCUGUAUAUUUUGGAUUCUUAUAAGCAACACAAUAAUUUAACAUUUUAUUCAGUUUACCAGUAGCAUUCUGAAUGUCAGUGUAUAAUGCCAAGAAUAGUUAUUAUACAUAAAUAUUCAAUACAGAGGACCACUUGGUUUGCAAACCCCUUGGGGACGAGACCCGUCAGUUAUUAUGAUGUGACAGUAUUUUGUUUGCACUCACUAUUUGUCUCUUAUUAUACAAUAAGAGAAGUCCCCACUUCUCCCUCACUGCUGCUGGUCUCCCUCCCUCCCUCCCCCCCCCCCAUGUGGCUAGCUUAGUAGAUUGCCAACCAGACAUAGCUGGAGAAUCUCCACCUAAUACGAUAAAGCAUUCAUGAAACAAGUAUUUUUAUCAUUUUUAUUAUCCUAAUAAUAUUACUAAACAAAAUCUGUGACCAAAAAUAUAUAUGAUGAUGUACAUCCAGAAUUUAAGAAACAAAUCUGGCUAAUGGGGUCGGGUGUGAUAGGCUUAUCAGAGUGAGCCCGUCCCUCCCCCACUCCCCCUCCCCCCCCACCCCACAUCUCAAACACACACACUGCUUCAAGGUCACGUAGUUCAACUCAACAUCUCUCCCUGCCUGCCUGUCUCCCUGCUUCCCUCCCUGUCUGCCUUUCCUUCCCUCCAUGCCGAUCGUCUUCUCUGCCUUUUCUUCACUCCAUACUGCUCUCCCUCCCUCCCUCCCUCCCUCUCACUAAUUCUCCCCCUCCCUCACUACUUGUCUCCCUUCCUGCCUCCCUCCUGCCUCCCUCCCUGCCUACCUCCCCCCCUCCCUCACUCCCUCUCUCAUUAAUUCUCCCCCUCUUUCACUUACUGCCUCCCACUCAAGCUUCCCCAUCCAUCCAACCACCAGUCAGCCAUCACUGACGCAAUGCCUGCAUUUGGAGCCGACAUGGUGCAGAGAUAUUCCUUGAUUGUGUAGAUGUGUAAAAACACUCACAGAAUGAACACUCCAGCCUCAUGACAAAUCAAAACAAUGGGAACAAUAAGCCGUGAAUCUUUGAUGUCACAGGGUAGAAGGCACUCUAGCGUGGUGGCACCCGACACGGUCAGUGGGCAAACUAGGCCAAUCUCCCACCCACCACCCCGGGCCUGGCGCAACGCUUUGCAGACCGCUUCCUCACCCAAACCUAGUUCAUGUAGCGUGACUCCCAACCCCAAUCGGGAAACUGGAACUUUCGGAUAACUUGAGUUCGCAAACGAAGUGGCUGUCUGUAGUAUCAUUAUACAGUACAUCAUACCUGUGAAAUAAAUGUAUUAUGUAAUUUUAUGAGAUUUUACUAUUCAUAAAUGAAGUUAUAAUUUCCAUUACUCACGUGAAUAGUUACUAUUAUACAUGUAAAAGUACUUUUAUGUUGGUGAGGUUGUUAAACACACAUUGUGAUUAUCAGUGAGGAUAGUGUGUAGAGCAAUGUGGGAACAGCACCAUAGUUCAAUAAUGCACAAAGAAACACCCAAUAUUUUGGGGGAUUGUUAAAAUGCAUAGCUCUGUAUUGUGGGUGGUAGUUUGAAUCAUGUUACACAUGAUCAUUUUGUGCCAUCACAUAGAUAUAUUUAUAUACAGUAUAUACAUAUUGCACUAUAGCCCGGGCAUUUUGAAAUGUUAUCAUGGGUGUGAUACACGCUGUUAUUGGUGGAAAAUCAAUAGUUUAGAUGAAUUAUAAAGUGACAUUUUGUAUUUUGAGUUUUGAAAGUGAAUAAUAAAAUUGUAUUUGGUGCAGAAGAGUAUAUGGAGUGUAGUCAAGUAGAGACUGAGCUGAAUGGUUGUGUUUAUUCACUAGAGAUUUGUUAACAGCAUGUGGUUAACAUGUGGUUGAUGAAGUACACAAUUUACUUAGUUAUUAUUUAAAGGCAUAUUAGGGAGGUGCUAGAAUAUAAAUUAAUUAGUUGUAUGGGUUUGGAAAUUGUCAUGCUCCUAAGUCCAUCCCUAUUAACCAGCAUAGUAUUGGUGGAAUACCUUCAGGCUAUUGCACAAAAUUAUAUUUUAUAUUUUACUAGUCAUAAUUUAUACAAUAUAAAACUUUUUAACCUGUGUUGUUUACCAGAGGAAGAUAUAUGAUUAUAUAUGUUGAGUGUAGCCCUGUUUCUCAGGAUUUUUACACGAUCAUAUCAUUUCUGAAAUAAUAAAUGAAAUGUGUUUUUAUUACGUCAUUCUAAUCUACCUCUCAUUAUUAACCUAAUUUUAAAGAAGGACUUAAAAAAUUCUCAUUGACAUGUCACGUUAAUGUGAUUUCACUGUGCAAUGACUUACAUAAUGACAUUGAUACGUCAUUUUGCAAGUAAUUUGUCUGCCAGUUGAAUUAACCUACUAUUCAUUAAAAAAUUUAAAUUAUUUUUAAUCGAGAGGAUUCUUUUUUUUUUUUAUUGUAGUCUUAAAUACAAUUGUAUUUAUGUACCUAAUGUGUCUAAUAAUUUUAAUGAGAAGAAUUUAUGGAUUGGGAUCAUUACUACAUAAUAAAUUUAUGACAUGAAUUUAUGAAAUAAAUUCAUUACUUUACAUAAUAAAACUGAAUGCUUCUGUAUAUGUAUCUUUGUUAUAUACAUUACAACUUUUCAUAUCUACCGGUAAAUGCAUUGUGAUUGAGGGUCAUUGAAGCGUAAGCAUUGUAAUAGUUCAGAUUUACUCCCACAGACUGUUCUAUAUUUACUGCAAUGACAUUUUCCUAAACUGGACGUCCUUGGUUGCUCCCAAGUCAAGACCAGGGUUCACGUAGCAGAUAGUUUGCAGAUUUGUUUACUUUGAAUCCAAUGGGGCAAGGAACUUUUUAAAUGGUUUUGCCAUGUUGUCCAGGGAUGUGGAGAUAGGGCAAAGCAGAGAUAUUGCUUGUUUUGUCUCAUGUCUAGGCAUUGGUGGUGUGAAGUGUCAGUCCAUCCUUCUGUUUUGAUAGUACUUAAAGUUACGAUGUGGACCAUCAUAUAUAUAUUUUUAUGUAAUGGACAAUUACAAAGUAGGAUUUGGUACUAUUGAAUUUGGACAAACUGGAAACAGUUUUGUAUUUAUGUUGGUAAUAAAAUGUAACCGGACCUAACCAUCUUAGGCUUAUUACACGCUACCUGAGAUCUAAUAUAGUACAUAUUAGGAAUAUUUAAGUUAGGUUUUUAGUUUAAUUUUUUUCUGGAUUCCAUAAAGUGAAAAGUACCAAAUUCUACUAUGUAAUUGUCCAUUACAUCAAUAUAUGUACGAUUAUGCAGUCACAAAAAUGUACUAUCUAAACGGGGAUGGGUUGGAACUGUUUACUGUACACUGAUUGCUCGAGGUGUCUCAGUCAGGUGCUGUCGUGGUGGCUCUCUUUUAGUUAGAAUUUUACUUGUGGGUGUAAAGUACCUUUCUGAGGGGAGCCCUGUUGGCUUCCUGAAGCUAUCACACUGAUUAAGUGCCAUACUACUUUGAGUUGUCAGUUGCGGAGUUCUCUUUUGCCUACCAGGGGCCACAAGCCAGAACCUGGGGUCAGAUUCACGAAGCAGUUACGCAAGUACUUACGAAUGUUUUUCUUCUUAGCAUCUUUGUGGCGGCUAUGUCGGGAUUCAGGUAUAAAUUUAAGAAGGAAAGUCUUUGUAAAUAAACACCGUCGCUCUAAGAGCGCUCUAGACCAGUCGUAGCUUUACGUAAACUGGAUAUAACUCAACUUUUCUCUAUUACACAAACAGGAGGAUCUUUGCUGGAGAGUCUCAUCAAGGAGGAGUCCUUCAUGUUAGCUAUAUAUUCUCUGCUUGAAAGUAGUAGUAAAUAUGUCUUUUUUUAUAUAUUUAGAGUUAUAAUAGCAAGAUAUCAUUCCAAUAGUUAUUGCGUAAAUAAACACUAAUAAACUUGGGAUAUAAGAGUAGGUGAUGACAGGAAUGCUUGGAAGCAUUUACUAUUACCUAAUGCCUCUGUUCACCUAUUCAGGAGUUAGUUAGCUUGUUGUGAGGCUGCAUCCUGUGGGGAAAGGGGGGGGGGGGUCUCGAUACAGGUCUAACAUGUGUAUAAUUAAUAAUAAUUUAUUGUUUCGGGGACAGGCAGGGAGAGUGUAUAUAUACAUGCUAGCCUUAUAUCGAGGCCCUCCACCUCCCAAAGAUGGAACUCCACAAGCUGACUAACCCUUGGGUACCUACUUACUGCUAGGUGAACAUGUGCAUUAAGUGAUAAGAAGUGCACCCAACCAUUUCUGUCCCGUCCAGGUUUCGAACCCAGAAUUCUCGAUUGUGAGUCGAGAACGAACCCGACUCAAUGUCAAGCUACCUAACCUAGCCCAACCCAUCCCAGUCUAACCUUACUCAACCCAACCUAGCCCAACCCAACCCAUCCUAACUGAGCCCAAUACAGCCAAACCUAACUUACUGCAGCCUAGUAUAACAAUACAUAAAUACAAUUUUAGCAAACAGAAAAUGAGCUUUGUCAAAUCGUCUUGUGUCCAAAAUGCCCCAGUCAGGCACUUUACAAUUUACUGUAUACGCCUUCAUAUUCCAUUAAUUAAAAAAAAAAAAUUCAGUUAUUAUUAAAUUUUAACUAGGACAAACCCUUACCUAACAUCAUUUUGUGCUGCAUUUUUAUUCAACACUUAUUGUGUUUGAUGUUCUACAGUACUAUUUUUUUAUCUGUUUGCACACUACAGACUGAAGAUCCUUCUUCCUAUAGUUACCCAUGGCCUAACAAUGAUGGUUUAAAUUUAUCAUUAUGUGAUGAGGUAGAUUGCUUGGCUGAUUCUUCUACAUGUAGCAUUGAACAAGUGUGUGUCCAAGACCUCUUCCUCUGUUACACAGUUUGGCUGUAACAAUAAACCUAAUUUGUUUAUUAAUAGAUAAGUGCACCUAUAAGUAAAACAAAUCUUGUCAGCUGUAAAAGUAUUGAUGCAUUUAUUUAAAUAAAAAACAUAAUGAAACAAA